GAGUCAUAAGUAUGGAAAUGACAUGUAAACAUACGAGUCUGGAUGUAGUCAUUGAGAAGGUGUGUAUAGAAAAGAGAGAAGGACCAAGAACUGAAUUCUGGAACAUUUCAACAUUUCAGUGGCAAGAGAUAGGAAAACAAGCAAAGUAGGGAAAAAACCAACAGAGGGUGGUGUCCUGGAAAUCAAGUGAGGAAAGAAUAUCCAGGAGAAGGAAAUGAUCACCUGUAUUGAAGACUUAGAAUUGACCAAGGGAUUCAGUGACAUGAAGGUCCUGGUAACUUUGACAGGCAAUAGAGAGAGGGUGAUGGGUGUGGGAGAAGAAAAGCCAGGGUGGCGCAGGCUGAAGUCAGCAUGAGGACAAAUUGGAGUAAAGACAACUCUUUGGGAGAAUUUGCCACAAAGGAGGCAGUGGCAAUGGGCCACUUUUGCUCGGGUUUGGUAUCUCUUAGAUGGGAAAAUGCAGCCCCCUGGCAAACUGGCUGCUUUGGCAUCAAUCAGACUUCAAGGAUUGCAUAAACCUGUAUACCAUCAACUGAGUGACUGUGGGGAUCAUGUUGUCAUAAUGAACACAAGGCACAUUGCAUUUUCUGGAAAUAAAUGGGAACAAAAAGUGUACUCCUCACAUACUGGCUAUCCAGGUGGAUUUAGACAAGUAACAGCUGCUCAACUUCACCAGAAGGAUCCAGUAGCAAUUGUGAAACUAGCUAUUUAUGGCAUGCUGCCAAAAAACCUUCACAGAAGAACUCUGAUGCAGAGGUUGCAUCUUUUCCCAGAUGAGGAUAUACCAGAAGAUAUUCGUGAGAAUUUAGUCGAGGAGCUUCCUCAGCCACGGAAAGUGCCCCGACGCCUCGAUGAGUACACAAGGGAAGAAAUCGAGGCUUUCCCAAGAGUGUGGUCUCCACCGGAAGAUUAUCGACUAUAGGAAAAUGAAAAUUGCAGAAAAUAUCCAUGCGGUGAUUAAAACUUCUUCCUGAUGAGUCUCUCCUAACCUACAGGCAGAGUGAAACUUCCACUGCAUUUUGACAAGAGACUUGUCAUGGGAGCUGAAAGCUUGUGGAGAAAGGUCAGGGGGUGAUAGCCCUUCAAUAGGAAAUUGCAAUAAAGUACAUUAUUUUAAGGAAUUAUUAUGUAGUCCGAUUUGAAUGUUGUAAGUGAUGAUAAAGAAUAAAAUUGCUUA